AUGAAGGUCGAGGCAUCUGAAGAGAAGCAGCAGACCGAUUUGACUGAGAAGCAUCAUGACACGAUAUCACAGCAGCCUGAAGCAUCGGAGAAGCACGAUCAGGAUCAGGGCUCUGGAGCACCUGAGGAGCCUGAGCAAAACCCUGAAGCAUCUGGAAACCCUGUUCAGAAGUCUGAAGCGCCUGAGAAGCCUGAUCAAGACCCAGGAGCACCUGUGAAACAUGAUCAUGAUCUUGAUCUAAACUGGCCUAUUCAGCAGCCUGACGCGCCUGCGAAGCCCAAGCUCGAAGCAGCUGAACCUACUGUCGUGGCCGAUCCGCCUGCUCAACAUCCUGAUGCAGCUGAAAUGUCUAAUCAACGGACGGAUCCCAUCUACAAGCGUACCGUCGACAAGCCCUCUGAUCAACCUGCCACGGCUGGUGAUCACCCCGAGGUUGUUAUGGCGAAGUCUGACGCACUCCAUGCUACCUCGCAGCCCCCUGAUGCAGCUGAUAAGCAUUCUCAGCAGACGGAAGCUGCUGUUGAAUCCACUUCUGAGCAGAUUACUACGCAUGCCGACAAGCCUACGGAGCAGUCUGACGCACCCCAUCCGACCUCGCAGCCGCCUGAUGCAACUGCGAUUCAGUCUCAGCAGACGGAAGCUGAUGUUGAACUAUUUCAGCAUGUGAAUGUUCAGCAGACUGCUGAGGAGGCCGACAAGCCCACUGAGCAGACUGCAGCACCCAAUGCGUCUGCUCAGCCUCCUGAUGCAGCUCGAAAUCAUUCGCAGGAAACGGAAGCUGAUGUUGAACCCUCUCAGCAUGUGAAUGCUGAGCAGACUGCUGAGGAGGCCGACGAGCCUACUGAACAGACUGAAGCACCCAAUGCGUCCUCUCAGUCUCCUGAUGCAACUGCUAAACACACUCAGCAGAUGGAAGUUGAUGGUGAACCCACUCAGCAUGUGGAUGCUGAGCAGAGUACUGAGCAUGCCAAGCCUACUGAGCAGUCUGACGCACCGGACCAGCCCGCUGGGCCUGGCGAGGCUGUUGACACGCUUGUGGAGCAGCCGUUAGCAGCUGAGCUUGCUGAGGAACCUGCUGAGAAGCCUUUGGCAGCUGAGCAUACACAGGAGACUGAUGGGGGUGUCGCACCACACACGUCCGUUCCGCAGACUGAUGCGCCUGAGAAGCCCACCCAGCUGCCUACACAACAGCCGUCUGAACAGCCGACUCAACAGCAGCCUGCGACAGCUGAGCCUCAGCCUGAUGCGACGCCAUCAAAACGAAGGCGAGGCACGGCUGCUCGCGCAGCCCCUGCCACGCCUGUUGUCGCACCGGUGCAAGGGGACAGAGUGGUGGGUGCAGUCGAGGGGCUGUUGCCUGGAGCGCUGCUCACACCUGGCGGGAGGAGAAUGACUCGGUCCAUGUGGAGGGGGAAACGGAGGUGGAGAGUAAGGCGAAAGGGGCGGGAGGGGGAGUGGGGGGAGCGGGGGGGGGCGGGAGGUGAGGAGGGUGAAGGGGAAGGGAAGGGUUUGGUGCUGGAGAGGAUUAGUGAGUGGGAGGAGAGGAUAAUGGAGGUGGAAGAGGAGGAGCAGGAGGAGGAGGAGGUGCGUCGGGCUAAAGAGAGGGCCAAGGCAAAGGCUGAGGAGGAGAAAGCCAAGGGGAAGGGGAAAGAGAAGGCGAGAAGCCCGAAGGGUGGGCGGAGGGGAGGUGGGAGGGGUAAGCAGGGGAGGGAAAGUGAAGAGGAAGGGAGUGAGGCGGGAGGUGGAGGGGAGGAGGAAGGGAGAGGAGAUGAGGAUGGAGGUGGUGAAGGGGAGACGAGUAAGCGGAAGGGGAAUGAGGAGGGGAGGAAGGAGGGAGGGGUGGAGGAGAGGGUUGAGAGCGUGGGAAUAGAGAGGGAGGGGGGACGGCGAGAGGAGGGGCAGGUGAACGUAUAUGUGCGGAGGAGGAAAAGGGCAGGAGGCAUGGGCGAGGGGCAAGCGACACCAUCAGGAAGCAAUGUUGAUGCUGCCAUGUGCCACGAGACUAGCAGCAGUGCUAUGCGCCAAGAGGCUGGUUCAGGGGGAGGAGUGAAGGACGCGGAAGCAGAGGCAGGCGUGAGUGGUGGAGUGGCUGGGGAGAAAAAGGAGUUGGAGACUGGUGAGUCUGCUGGUGCUGCUGGUGCUGCUGAUGAUGAUGCUGCUGCUGAUGAUGAUGAUGCUGCUGGUGCUGGUACUGAAAAGAGUGUACAUGGCGAAAUGGAGUGUGACGAGCAGCUGGAGGAGGAGAGGAGAGAGGAGGUGGCUCCUGGGCAAAUGGGGAAGGUCAAUACUGAACAAGGGGCGGAGGUCGCUCCUGGGCAAGGGGAGAAAGUGGCUUCUGGGGAACCGGGGGAGGUGGCUCCUGGGGAAGGGGGUGAGUUGCCUCUUGAAGAAGGGGAUGGCGAAGGCAAUAGGAAUGCAGGGCAACAGGAGGGGCGUGGUGGGGUGCAAGCGGGGGGGAGGAAGGCGAAGGUUGCAGUUGGGGUGGAGGUGGAAAGGGAGAGGAGUGAGAAGGAGGCGAGGGAGGCUGAAGAGAUGGAGAAGGACGGGGCGAUGAGGGAGGAGCUGGAGAGGGAGAGGAGGGAGAAGGAGGCACGAGAAAAAGAAGCGAGCGAGAAAGAGGCAAGGGAAAAGGAGGAAGCGAUGAGGGAGGAGUUGGAGAAGGAGAGGCGGGAGAAGGAGGCGGCGGUGAGAGAGCUGCAGAGGAUGAGGGCGGAGAUGAAGUGGCAGAUGGAGCUGAUGCAGCAGCAGGUGGUGCGCGCCAGAAGGUAUUCGAGCUACAAGAACUCUGUGCGUGCUGCCAUGGCCAUGGCUGCUCACCUGCGGCAAACGGCUAGAUCCAAGGUUGCUCGAGCGAAAGCUCUGGCGGAAGCUCGAAGCAGAACCCGGGCAGGUGAAUUUCCCGCAGCUGGGGAACCUGGGGGCUCGGGCAGGAAGAAACGAUCACCCGGUAAGCAGAGGAAAGCAAUGGAAGCGUCGCAAGUUUCCAAGCAGAGAAGGGUUGGAGAGGAGAGGCAAGGCUGGGAUAUAGUGAUGGAUGAGGGAGAAGAGAAGGACAAGAGGGCGGAUGUGGCAAGGGGAAAGAAGAUUCAGGCGGAAGGGAGGAAGCAGAAGGAAGAUUAUUCUGAGGAGGAGGGGGAAGAGGAAGCAGAGGCUCAGUGGGAAGAAAAGCCGGAGUGGGAGGAGGGGGGAGGGGAUGAGGAACGUGAGGAGGGAGAGGAGGAGGGACCAGAGGAGGGAGAGGAGAGUGAGGAGGAGGGAAUCCCUUUGACGCGCAGUGUGCAGCGAGAGGCGUCGUUUAAAUCGUGGGUGAAAGCAGAUUCUAAGUCGUCUGGGGGUACUGCUGCUUACAGUGGAGGGGAGUUGAAAGGAAGUAUACAGGGGAUUGGGUGUGCAGGGCGGGGGGGCGAAGAGGAAGGGGAGGUGGAUCUGAGGCAGGUGAAUCUGGCUAGUGCUCUAGACCGGGCGUGGGAGCAGGAGCAGGGAGAGAAAGAGGAGGGGGAGGAGGAGGCAGGAGAGAAGAGGAGGACGAAGAAAGGGCGUGGGGGAGUUAAAGCUGGGGAGGAUAAGAGCGGGGGGGGUGAGUGGGCCGGGGAGCAAGGAGGCGAGGACGGGAGAACGGAAGAAAGGGAAGCUGGAGGAGAGGAGAGGGGAGAGAGCGAUAGUGGGAGUAGUUCAGAGGGAGGUGGGAGUGCGGCGAGCACGAGAGGAUCGUCGGAUUCGCCUGGAUCGGACGGUGGAGAGGGGUUUAGCUUUGAUGACGUGGUGACACGUGCUGGGAUAUUAGAGGAUGGAGGGGUGAAGCAUUUGGAUGGGGGGGCACGGGUGGAGGGAGAGAGUGACCAGGCGAGAUUGCGUGAGAAAGAUGGUGGUGGGGUGAAUGAGGGUUUAGAUGUGGGGAUUAAGGGGACUGCUGUUGGUGGAUUGGGAGAAGGAGGGGAGGAGAGGGGUGUGAAGGUGGAGGGAGGCGAUGAGAGAGAGGAGGGGGAGGUGGAUGAAGGGGAAGAGGGAGAAGAAGGAGAGGAGGCAGGUGAGUGGGAGGGAAGGAGGGGAGAUGUGGGAGAGGAGGGAGAAGAAGGAGAGGCUGGUGUGGGUGGAGAGGAGGUAGGUGUGGGAGAGAGGGGAAGAGAGGGGGAGAAAGCUAGCUGUAAGAGGGAGAAAGGGGCCGGUGUGGAGGGAAAGGCGCCUGAUGCUAGGAACGGGGAUGUUAUGACUGGGAUGAAGCGGAAGGGGGGAGGAGAUUUGGAGGAGGUGAAAGUGAAAGGGAGGAAAAGGAAGGCGGGGGAAAAGGGGAAUGCUGGUGAUGGGCAUGGGCAUGGGCAUGGGCAUGGGCAUGGGAAUGGUGUUUUUAGACUAGUGUGGAGGAGGAUUGGACGGAGGUGGAUGUUACAACGGGUGAUCUAG